UUUUAUCUUCUAUUUGAAUUCGAACAUCCUGAAUUACAUAAAACCUGGUGAAUAUCAAUUCGAAAAGCCUAAAUCGAAAACCAUGGAGAAUCUGUUCGAGGACAUUAAGAGAAGCAGGUCCACACACGAAGAGUCAGCAACCCUGAAUCAUCUUCCUAAAGAGGUUCUGAUUCGGAUAUUCUCGAUGCUUCCGAUUCACUCGGAAUCAAUGGCGCAAUGCAGGUGCGUAUGCAAAACCUGGCGAACCCUAAUCAACGACCCACUCCUUGCUCAUCUCUCCAAUCCAGUCCCAGUUAUCAUCAUCCAUAAACAUUCCCCAAUUCGAGAUUUCCUUUACUUUAUAGAUCUUCCUUCCCUCCAACAGAACGAGGCAAAGUCCUUGACAGCAAAGGAAAUUCGCAUUCCGGCGAUGCUAUGUCACUUCGAUCUGAGAGCUUCAUGCAACGGAUUGCUUUGUUUACGGGAAUAUUUCAAAGACAGUUCUCUCCAUGUUUGUAACCCUUUUACCCGAGAUUAUAUCCAACUCCCCGAAUCUGCAGGGGAUGUGAAACGAAUAAUUCCAAUAAUAUCAUUCGGUUUCGAUCCCAAGACCAUGGAAUACAAGGUCUGCAAAAUAACUAAGGUUGCUCAGCGUAGGGAAUCUGAGGUUCAGAUUUUAAGCAUUGGAAGAGGAACAUGGAGGUUCUUGGGAAAGUUACCUUACUGGUUUAGACAGGAGGCAAUUACCCCUUAUGUGAAUGGGAGGCUUCACUGGAUUACUAGUGAUGGGGGUCUAAUUUCUUUAGACUUGGAAACUGAGGAAUUCAUAGAUAUUCCGAAGCCUGAUUGGAGUAGUCAAACCUGGGACAGGUCCAUGCGUCCUAUGGUCUUCCAAAACCGCCUGUCAGUAAUGGUUGAGGUAAGGUUAUUAGGUGAAUGGAGGUUGUGGAUGAUGGACGAAUAUGGGAAGAAGGAGUCUUGGAGAGAAGCGUUCAGGUUUCAGAAAGAAUCGAUUCUGGAAUCAAGGAUUCGGAAUGGUUACCGAGCUCCAAGCGUGGAUGUGAGAGUUGUAGGCAUUAUGGAAAAUGGCGAGGUGUUGUUAGAGUACUGUGACUCGAGAUGGCAAUAUGUUGCUCUUUAUGACUCAAUUUCUGAAACGUCAAAGCGAUUUAUUGUUGAUGGAUUGCCAGCUAAUGUUUAUGGGAAAGCAGUUGUUCAUAUGGCCAGCCCCAGUGGGAUCCCCAGGUGACUGAUUUUACCACUAUGUAUGUCUUUAAUUAGUACACAAAAAGAACCGAUGAUUUGUUGAUCCAAGUGAAAUAGAUUUGAUUUUUGAGUCUCGAAUUCGAGUAUUGUAGAUGAAUACUUAAUUUCAGAUUAAUCAAACUCAAUGUGAUUA